CGAUGUACAUGGAGUUUUUAUUCAAGUGGUUAAAUUUUUUAGUAUAAAGCUACACCACCAGUUCACCACACUUUACAAUAUUAUUUGCAGAAAUGAAGAUUUCCUUUGUUUUGGCUAUUUUAGUUUGCGUCGGUCUAACCGCCAGCGCCCAAGAUGAUGGGGACAUUUUGUGCGAUUUUUGCGUAAGAGUGGCAAAACAGAUCCAAGAUUACGUACGAGAAGGUAUUCCAUUGGACAAAGUUGAAGAAGAAGUGAUAGAAACAUGUCAUUGGUUAGACGUGAUACCAGAUUUGGCAGAAAAGUGUUUGAAAAAAUACCUUCCGAUAAUUGACGAAAUGUACGACAAACUCAAUAGCACGUCGCCUCAAAAAGUAUGCGAAUUGUUGGAAUUUUGUGUAGAAAAUUAGUAUCGCUGUUAGAAAAUUACCAUUGAGAACUUAAAAUAAACUUUUAAAC